AUGCGCGCAGAUCCCCUGCUUAUGAACGCCUUCAACACGGUUAAUCUUGCCUCUGCAGUCAUCCUUACAUCGACUUCAUUCGCCAAAAAGUUAGGUGUUCCCGAGUCGAAAUGGGUUUAUCCGCUUGGCGGCGCGGGAACGAAGGACGCCGAUGAGUUCUGGAAACGACCAAACUUCUAUUCCUCGCCGAGCAUAUCGCGCUCUAUCGAUGCGAGCUUGGAAGUUUCUGGUGCUACCAGGGAAGAGAUGGACAUCAUUGACAUUUACUCCUGCUUCCCUAUCGUGCCUAAGAUGGCGGCGCAGCAUCUAGAAAUACCUGUGGUUGGUCGUCAAAAGCCACUGACGAUACUUGGUGGUCUGACAUCGUUCGGCGGAGCUGGCAAUAAUUAUUCCAUGCAUGCGCUCACCGAGAUGACUCGGCAGAUAAGAGAAGGUAAAGGGAAAAAGGGACUCGUGCUCUGCAAUGGCGGCGUUCUGAGCUAUCAGUACGUCGUCAUAUUGUCAAAAGAGCCUAGAAGAGAAGGAAACUAUCCGAUAGAGAACCCUCUACCGCCGCAGAUUACUGAUGUUCCUGCGCCUGAGCUCAUUUUCGACCCAGAGGGCGAGGCUAUUGUCGAAACUUACACCGUAGAGUUCAACCGAGACGGCAGCCCGCUUCGAGGUCACAUCAUUGGUCGCUUAAAGAGCAGCAACAAACGUUUCCUCUCGAACCAUGGAGAUGAAAGUACAUUGCGACAGAUGGCCAGUGGUGCAGUCGAGAUUGUUGGUAAAAGCGGAUGGGUUUGGCAAGAUGGUGAGAAGAAGGGAAGGUCGCUGUUUGCAUUCGACAAGCCAGCAAGACUGUAG